AUGAAUACCAGGCCCACCAAGCUGGAGCAGUCGCCCUUCAUACCGGGCAUCAUCAUCGGGGCUGUUUUCUUUCACGCGAGCAGGGAGCCAUCAGAGCUGAUGGGAGAGCAGAACGAGCUCUGGAAUAUCGAGAAGACAAGAAGGGCGUCGAGGAAUCAGAUGCUGGACAUUCACGCUCGCCCAAGAGUAUCUACCUUGAACCCGAUCUCGGAGUCGACCAAGUGGCAGAGCUCAACGGUUCAGGGCCUCUGGCAGCAGCAGAGCAGUAGGUCGAAGCGAGAAAAGGAGGUGUUGAACGCUCUCAGCAACAUCAGGCACAGACUUGACACGAGUUACGCCUCCAACUCGGCUCCGGCACAAGCAAAGCUGCAGAGAUUGAGCAUGAGUGGUACGGGCACUGCUGCUCAAGCUGGAGCAGGGGGCAGUUCCUCGCCGUCUCUCCCCAAGGCCCUUUUCAGCAUCCACAGCGAAGUAGCUCAUAGGGGGCAGGACGUAGGGUUUCAGAAGGCAGUGAUGAAGAUGAUGAAGUGGAACUCGAAGCACAUGAAACUUCUGUUGAAGAUCUUGCAUGACAACAAGGAGAAGAUCAAGGAGCAGAAGGAGGAGCUGAGCGAGCUGAAGCGCAUGGUUGAAGACUCCAAGGAGAAGAUGGACACAAUUCGCCGAACCUCCCAAGAAGAUCUCCUCAACAAGCUCGAGACGAAGGAAGACACGGAGGGCCCUGUGGGUCCGAAGGGUCCUCGAGGACCUCCAGGGGUGGAUGGAAUGCCUGGAUAG